UUGAAAUUACAUGAACAAAUGAUACACAGAUGUUACCACUGUGAUUUAUUCUGCAGGUAUGCUGCAACAUCUUUGGAAGUGUGUAUUUUAACAAAGGUCAGCACAGCCUGGUGUGUUUGCAGAGACAUGUCUCUGAAACAUCAGGACCAUGACCUUAAGGUAGAUGUCCAACAUGACGAGGUUGGAGGAGACGCAGACUUGUGUGUUGAUGAACAUUCCUUGUCAAUCGAGUCCACCUCCUCCUGCAACAGCAGGGCCACCAGCAGCAGGAGAGGUUCUAGGAGAACCAGUUCAAAGCUGAAUGACAGCAAAGCAGAUACUUCCACACUUAGUACCCACUCUCGCCAAGAGAGGAUAGAAAAACUGAAAGUGCACAGCCUAAAAGCUGGAAGUAAAGAAGGCUUCAGGGGAAAGUGGCAGGAGUACAGCCAAGCAGCAAAAUGCAGGCCAUCUCUAUUUCCCCCCAUCAAGCCCCAGGGGGUUGCCAUGCAGCACGUCAUGUUGGCCAGCAGGCACCGCAUCAACGAGCUUGGAAACCAGGUGCGGGAGCUACAGCAGCAGCUGGCCGCUGCCACCACUGAGAUCCGGCUUCUAAAGCGUCAGCAGGGUCUUCAGGAGGGUGCGCUGCGGCAUCUGCAGGAUUUGCAAAACGGACUUCCCCAAGUGCUGCUCCAGCACAACAAUGAAGUGCACACCCUGCAGGAGCUGCUGUAUCGAGCUCGAUCCCGCAUUAGUGCCUUGGUCCACCAGCUGAAUGCCAGUGAGGCCCGGCUGUUGAACACCGGGGACGCGCUCCGGAAGCUGCAGCAGCUCAGCCAGGACCGAAGCUUGGGAGAGAGGGAUGAGCUGGCACAGCAUGUCAGUACCCUCACCCUGGAGCUCGACCUCAAAAACAAGAGGAUACAGGACUUGGAGAAAAACUUGGAGCUGACAAAUGCAUCCUUUAAUCGUCAGCUUUCCUCCCAAGUUCAGAAGACCCAUCAAGCCAGAGAUCUUUCCGACUCUCUCCAAGAGGAAAUCAAUUACCUCAAACAAAAGAUCAGUGAACAAGUACGACUGUUGGAGAUCAGAAAUAUCUACUCAUACAGAUUUUCAGAACGACCUCCCAGAAAAGCUACAAAAGAGUCUAAAUCAGUUCAAACGGAGCAGUUCUGCACUGUUCACAAGGAAGUUGCUACCUCCACGCCAGAGACAGAACAUGACACCUCAGAAGAUUUUGAGGAUUUCGAAAUAACCUUGAGGAAGCAAAUAAGUAUGGAGAGUUGUCAUGAACAGAGCGAUGAUGCCCAGGAUAAUGUUCCGGAGGCUCCUGCUGUUGAAUACACAGUAAUAGAGAGUGACGAGAGCACAGCACAGAAUGAGCCAAUAGUGGAAGAAACAAAACAUUCUGAAGACAUUUCUGCUGAAACAAUGCCCGGGUGUAUCCUGCCUUGUGCAUUACGCUUCUGGGAUAAGUUCCAGAUCACCACAACCCUGCAAUCAACAGGUGAUUACUGAUGGUGCAUGGAGUUAAUUAUUCUGUGUUUAAAAGAUAAAGCAGAAAUAUUGCAUGUUUUAUGAAAAGUGGGUAAACAUUUUGAGACCCAGGAAUGCAUGAUUUAAUUUUCUCAUUUAAAGUAAUGGUAAUUCAGAGCUCAUUUUACAAGAGUGCACCUC